CGGGAUUCCGAGAGAGUGAACCGUCUGCAUCUAAACCAUAUCUUUGAUGCCAAACGGACCAUCACCGGGCCUGACUAUUUUUAGGAUCACAGUCCACAGUCUGUGUCCCUCACGGACUUACAGAACCCCUAUAACACUCCUUUCAGUACCAGACUAAGCGCUUUGAAACUGAGGACAUGAUUUAGAGACGUUUAGCUACUGCUGCUAAUAUGCUGUUCAGGUUCGGUGUCAUUCUGACUCCGGAGUCCUCGGACGUCAAGGUUUUACUUCUGGGUUCGCGUGAGGAAAUGGGUCACUGGGACCCGAGCAGGGCGGUUCGGAUGAAGGCUUCGCAGAAGCUGCCGUCACCAGAUGAACCGUGUCUGUGGACCGGAGAGGUGGAGCUGGCCGAGCCGUUCAAAGACUCGCUGUGGUUCAAGUUUAUCAAAAAGGCCCGGGACGCGUUUAUCUGGGAAGGUAGCGGACCAAGUCAUGACAGGCAGUGUUUAUAUGAUGAGAGAAAUGUGGUGAACGGAGUGUACUGCCACCCGAUUGGUCACUGGAUAGAGGAAACGGGACACACUGAUGAGAUGAGACACACCACCAAUUUCUACUUUAAGGUUGCAGGUCAGAAGGCCAUACAUUUCUCCAGAGUUCUGCCACAUGUCUGGCUGGGAAGCUGCCCUCGACAGGUGGAGCACGUGACCAUAAAGAUGAAGCAUGAACUGGGCAUCACUGCUGUGAUGAACUUCCAGACAGAGUGGGACGUGGUGAACAACUCCAGUGGAUGCAGACGUGACCACGAGGAAGCCAUGAGCUCUGAUGCCUUGAUGCAUUUGUACAAAGACUGUGGCAUUGUGUAUGUGUGGCUACCAACACCUGACAUGAGCACAGAGGGUCGGAUCAGGAUGCUUCCCCAGGCUGUAUUCCUGCUAAAUGGACUCCUGGAAAAUGGCCACACCGUGUACGUCCACUGCAAUGCCGGGGUCGGCAGGUCCACGGCGGCAGUAUGCGGCCUUCUCAUGUACAUCCUCGGCUGGAGCCUCAGGAGGGUGCAGUACUUUGUCACCUCCAGGAGGCCAGCAGUCUACAUAGACGAAGAAGCUUUAAUCCAGGCUCAGCAGGACUUCAUCCAGAAGUUUGGUCAGCUCCGAUCAUCCAUCUCUUACCCAGAAACAUGACAGCUGAGUGAAAGCAUCCUUAUCAGAAUGAACAAUAGACCAAGCAUGA